AUUACAGAAGUUUGUGGAGCCAAGCGCGUGGGUUAUUUUGGUCCUGCUCAAUUUUAUAUUGCUUUGAAGUUAAUUGCGGCAGCGCAGUCAGGGUUCCCUGUACGGAUUGAGAGCAUUAAGAAUGAAUUGCCUCUGCCACGGUUUAUGGCACUGAAAAGUGACAGUGAAGUACGUUACGGGACUCCAGCAGAACUCCAUGGAGUUAAAUUUCAGGUUCCGCAUGCAACUUUGGAAAAAAAUUCUUACAAAAGAACAGAUGAAGGGGACAAACAGGAACCCAAGUCUCCUCCCAUGUCUCCAAUCUGUUCACCUCCUGCUUCUCCAUCUACUUACCAGAGAAUACCCCUAAGUUAUGGAUAUGGUAAAUCAAGAAGUGGGCUGGAGCAGCAGCAUGGAGCUCCUUAUGAUGUCAGACAGUCUACUCACCAGCAAGAUGGACCAUCAUCAGGGAAUUAUGGAGUCAAACCUGUACUCACCUGUUCAACUCCUAAUCGGUCUCUUUCAGCAGAGCGGGAGCAGCAGGACAGCAGCACCCACUACUUGGAUGACCCUUGGAGGAUAACGGAGGAGCAGCGAGACUACUACAUCAACCAGUUCAGGUCCCUGCAGCCUGACCUGAACUCCUUUAUUUCAGGUUCUGUGGCAAAGAAUUUCUUCACAAAAUCAAAGCUGCCCAUUCCAGAGCUUUCUCACAUCUGGGAGCUGAGCGACGUGGACUGCGACGGGGCACUGACACUCCCGGAGUUUUGUGCCGCUUUCCACCUCGUGGUUGCCAGGAAGAAUGGUUACCAGCUGCCCGAGACGCUGCCGGAGACGCUGCUGCCCGAGUACCUUCAAGCAGCUUCUUUGAAGCCCGUGCGUGACUGUGCGCUAUUUGAUUCUUAUUCCGAGUCAUUGCCAGGCGGCCAGCAGCCUCGGGACUUCAGUCGGACGGAGAAGACAUCAGCUGAAGAGGUACCGGAUAAAUCUACCCUGUUACAGGAUGGAAAGAAAGAUGACAAACAAGCUCUUAAAGUAAGCACUGCUCUCAAAACGAUACCAAAGGAAUUUCAGCACUUGACUGUGAAAACAGCUGCUCAGGAAUCUCAUGCACUUAAAGCCAGACCACGAUCCAGGUCUUAUUCUAGCACAUCAAUAGAAGAUGCCAUGAAAAAGGGAGAAGAGCCCCCUACACCACCUCCAAGGCCACAGAAAUCACAUUCCAGAGCUUCCUCUUUGGAUCUUAACAAAAUAUUUCAACAAAACACACAAGCUGUGAGGUCUGGCUGGUUGCCCCCUCCACCACCUGCACUGCCCCCUCGACCUUCUGUAUCUCAGACAGAGCAACCAUCUGAGGUUGAAUUACAUCCUCAGAUGAAUAGACCCCCGUCGCAGGCAGAAGAAAACAGUUCAGCCAAAAAGGAGGUUGUUCUCGCGCAGCCGCCCUCCAAACCCGCCCGCAGGAAGCUCCGGACGGAGGUGCAGGGGCUGGAGACCCCCGAGCUUUCUCCCACUAUAAGUGUGACUUCUUCCCUGCCAGCAGUCAAGCCUCACCUCCCAGUCCAAAAACAGUCUUCCAAGCAGAAAAGGGCUAUUCAGACGGCUAUACGAAAAAACAAAGAAGCCAAUGCUGUCCUCGCCAGGUUGAACAGUGAGCUCCAGCAGCAGCUGAAGGAGGUUCACAAGGAGCGAAUUGCCUUGGAAACACAGCUGGAGCAGCUACGUCCCGUCACUGUCUUGUGA